AUGUCGGCAGCAAAACAAUUUUUCAGUAUUUCAACCUAUAAGACAGCAGCAAGAUGCUGGAUACCAGUAAACCAAGCCUUGAGGGCAAAUGGGAGCGCCAACUUGAGAUUCUAUUCUUCCCAAAACAUCAACGUUAAGCAUCGUGAAUCAUCAAAUGGCGCUAAUGACGCUACUUCUGGUUCAUCUGAUGAAACAUUUCAUCCCACUGUGUUUUCUUCUGACGAAGUACACACUGCUGGUCCAGUUAACAAAGCAUAA